ACUCUGACACGGGCAUCAUCAUCAUCAUCAUCAUCAUCAUCAUCAUCAUCCUCCCCAUCCUCAUCCUCACCAGUCUUCACGUUGUAGUGGCGGACUGCGCAUGCGCCCGGCAUUGGAAUUACCGCACUGGCAAGAAUAAGUUGUGGCUCGUCUUGUCUUCUCUCUCUUUUUUUUUUUUUUGUUUUAAAUAAAAAAGAGAGGGGCUUGGCAACCGACGCCAUAAGAAGGAGAACAUGUUAAGAAGAAGAAGAUGGUGUUUUUGUGCCGAGGUGCUCCCUCUCGUAGUGGCCGUGGUGUGCGCACAAAGUGUCGGUGUGAAUGAUCCGAGCAAUAUGCCUUUGGUUAAAGAGACGGUGGAUAGACUGUUGAAGGGUUAUGAUAUACGAUUGAGGCCAGAUUUUGGAGGUCCACCAGUGGGAGUGGGGAUGAACAUAGACAUCGCCAGCAUAGACAUGGUGUCAGAAGUCAAUAUGGACUACACACUGACGAUGUACUUCCAGCAGGCCUGGCGAGAUAAGCGCUUGUCCUAUUCGGAGAUCCCCCUCAACCUGACCUUAGAUAACCGCGUGGCCGACCAGCUCUGGGUGCCUGACACCUACUUCCUCAACGACAAGAAGUCGUUCGUCCACGGUGUCACUGUGAAAAACAGGAUGAUCCGACUGCACCCGGAUGGCACCGUGCUCUACGGUUUGAGAAUCACGACCACUGCAGCUUGCAUGAUGGACCUCAGAAGGUACCCACUGGAUGAGCAGAACUGCACACUAGAGAUUGAAAGUUAUGGUUAUACGACAGACGACAUCGAGUUCUACUGGCGGGGCGGCAACAACGCUGUGACGGGGGUGGACAGGAUUGAACUGCCACAGUUCUCCAUUGUGGAUCACAAGCUCAUCUCCAAGAACGUUGUCUUCUCCACAGGAUCGUACCCACGCCUGUCUUUGAGUUUUAAGCUGAAGAGAAACAUCGGGUACUUUAUCCUGCAAACAUACAUGCCUUCAAUCCUCAUCACCAUUCUCUCCUGGGUCUCCUUUUGGAUCAACUAUGAUGCGUCUGCCGCCAGAGUGGCUCUCGGUAUUACCACGGUGCUGACCAUGACUACCAUCAACACCCAUCUGAGGGAAACCCUCCCCAAAAUUCCAUAUGUCAAAGCUAUUGACAUGUACCUCAUGGGAUGCUUCGUCUUUGUGUUUCUGGCCCUCCUGGAGUACGCGCUGGUCAACUACAUCUUCUUCGGAAAGGGUCCUCAGCGUCAGAAGAGGGCUGCAGAGAAAACGGCUACAGCCAACAAUGAAAAGAUGAGGAUGGAUCCAAACAAAUGGCUGGUGGGCAAUGUCGUCGGCCGAGAUGACACCUUGUACACGAGGAUGAAACAAAGGGAACUCGAUGGUCAUGACUCAAUGUGGGAGCCCAUUUUUAUGGACGACGCCGCCAUUGGACUUGGGGACCAGAAGAAUAAGAUGGACCAACAUGAAAACAUCUUGCUGAGCACUCUCGACAUCAAGAACGACAUGGGGAUUACAGAGCUGGCCCUGGGUCUGAACGACCCCCGGAACACCAUGCUAACGUACGACAGCUCCACCCUGCAGUACCGCAAAGCAGGGCUGGCCCGCCAUAACUUUGGCCGAAACACAUUGGAGCGCCACAUGACUCAGAAGAAGAGUCGACUAAGGAGGCGCACCUCGCAGCUAAAGAUCAACAUACCAGACUUGACUGAUGUCAACUCCAUAGACAAAUGGUCGAGGAUGAUCUUCCCAACGGUCUUUUCCUUCUUCAACAUCAUUUACUGGCUUUACUAUGUCAACUAAAAAGGAGGACUGCAGAAAGAAAAAUAACUUCAAAAUGUCUUAUAUGUGUUUAAUUUAAGUAUUUAUGUUUGUGUCUUGUAAAACUGGACUGACACUACGUCCAGGACCGGAUACAUCAUGUCUUGGAAUGCCACAUUUUGCUGACUUACACAUGAAAACCUUAUAGAGGGAAGAUAAAACAAAAGGUGCCUGUUCUAAAAUAUUUUUUUUUAGAAUUGACACAUAUUGGUUUUUCAUACUUUUUUUGUAUUAACUAUAUUUGCAGUACAGUAUGUUAUUGCCAAACUAUAUACACGUUUAAAUGUAUCAGGUCAUCUGAGAUGAAUACUAAUACAAUUUUUAUGUUAAUAAUUUAUUCUAACAUAUUGUAAAUACUAUUUUUCGGACACUCUUUAUUUAUCAUUUGACUAAUACAAUAAUAACACAGUUAUGAAUAAGCAUUGGAAGUUGUAUUGAUUUAGUGACAUUUGACUAAGUUUACACUGUAGGCCAAAGUAGCCCAAAUCUGAUUUUUUUUCAUCAGCUGACUGGUUACACUGCAAGUAAAAUGUGGUCUUUAUCAGACUCCAGUAUAAACGCGCACAGGCCCCAAUGUGGCCCCAACGUCACUUCCAUGCGCAGUUCGAUAAAGUAAAAACAAUGGAAGUAAACCGGAUUCCGUAAAUGAACAAAGAAGUUGCUACUACUACUACUUUGCAAAAUAAAAGUCGCCACACCUUAAAAAACGAGUUUGGUUUUUUUUUACGUGAAAAUAAAUUAAAGUUAUAAAAUGUAUGAAUGGAUAUAUAUAGUGUAAUAUAUUUGGGAGGGUUCCAAGUUUUUUUAUGGCUGUUAAGUACAGGAAACACUGACAUCAGCGUGGAUCUACGUUAACUUUAUUUUUCAACAACUUACGUAAUAUACGCAACAUGCAAAUACGCUACUGCGUACGCGUCAAUUUCAGUCCUUCAAC